CAUGUUCGUUUUCGUCUCUUCAGAAGCAAAAAGCAACUGAUGCAUGUGUAAACGAUUCAUUGUCGCCUUUACAAAAAAGAAGAAGACAAAACUCAACUCCGCUCAAUGAUUCUUUUGGUCCCUCAAGUUCUUCAGCAGAAGUGCCAAUUAAAUUUGCCAAUUUCGAGAGAUGUCAAUCAGGAAGACAUCAAUCAUGUUUCGAUAAAACACAGCAAUUUCUGUUGCGCUGCAUAUCGACAAAAUAACGCUUUACAGUUGAAAAAAGUAUUACGCCAACUGUAUGGAAUUACUUUAUUGCUGCAAAAUUAUGAAUCAGACAACGCAAAAGGUGCAGUAGCUACAAAGACCUCAUUUGUAGCUGAAUUGCCGCUUCAAACAUUACAACAAUUCACAGAAUUUGAGAAAAAGUUAAAUGAAGAUCUUCAAUUACGAAAUAAUUUUGAAGGUAUGAUACUUCGCUUUGGAGGAGAAACAGCUAUCAAACAUUUAAAAAACAUAUUAAAGUACACUUUUACAACUGAAAUGAGAAAUCUACUGUGUUGGUCUGGUCAGAAGGGUCGCGUAGGACUUAAAACUAGUCUGACAGCAAAAGUUAUAAUUGAGACUAUCGAAGAAGUUCGCGAACAUCACUAUUAGAGAACUAGAAAUAUGUUUUCAAGAAUGGUUGCGUCGAGGUGGAGAUCAACUUCGUUGUAUGCAAAAAUUUGCAAGUACGUCAUAAAGUAUUGCAUAUUUAAUUUAGGAUACGAUUUGCACAUUUCGACUUCUUUUUUCUCUCUCUCUCUCUCUCUCUAAUUUAUCUUUGCGUAUCUGAACUUUGCGUAUCACUUGACUCAUUUGCAAUAGCGAAUAUAUUAAAAUAGAAAAUAAAAAUCUUGUUUUCUAAUAAAAAUCUACGCUGUUUUUGAAAGUUAUCAGUAAUGUUAAGAGAAGAUUUUUUUUUAAAAAAUCGAUAGUACAUUAAUAAAUUCAUAAUAAAUUAUUUAUUCUUAUAAAUGUUGUGAAUAUUUGGAAUUAAUUACUUUUGCUACAACGCCUAGAUAUAAGGUAAAGUGUAAUUUAAAUUACAAAAUUUGAAAUGUCUAUUUAGUCGACUGUACCAAUCAUAUGUGGAUAAUUUUAUGAUGCUACAAGAACCGCGUUACGAUAUACACUGUCGGUACUGAAAAUCUAUAGAUCACGUAACAUGUAUUAUAGAUUUUCAGUAUUGGCAGUGAAUUUUGGAACGCAAUCAAGAAUAACUAUAAAUGGAAAAAAUCCACAUAUGAUUGAUUCAGUAGACUAGAAAGGCAUUUCAAAUUUUUAAAUCCUAAUUAAGAUUUAAUGUAGGGUAAAGUUCCUAUCUAUUCUCUAAAUUAA